UUGCCGUCAACCACUGUGAAUCUGCUCAUCUUCACAGCGUCCGACCCCGAUUCCGGCGACACCAUCUCCGGUUGCAAUUGUAGGUCUCGUCGCCGAUCAAAGCCUGCUCAUCGUCACCACAUCAUCAUCGUUCACAGCUUCACGCCCCGCCCUGCGACCAUGGAGCUCCCAGAACACGGCGAAGAGACCACCGCUGGACAAAGGCUUCGAACAACCUAUCCGCCGGAAAAAUCGAAAAUUGAUCACGACGAUGUCGCGGUGGCAGAGGCGGCAAAUCUCGUGGUGAUUCCGGAGGCAACGGGACAGUCGGCGGCCAGAUUCAUGGAGAUUCCGCACGUGGCUCAAUGUUGGAUGCAGGGACCGUCGGAGAUGAUGGCGGCGGCGGCGACGGGAGUGUUGGCGUGUUUCCACUAUCUCUCUGCAAUGGCCGCCGCCGACAAUUCCAGAUCUGAAGAUUGCCGGAAGAUCGCGCUGAUCACGGGGAUAACGGGUCAGGACGGAUCGUACCUGACGGAAUUCCUGGUGCAGAAGGGGUACGAGGUUCACGGCCUCAUCCGCCGCUCCUCCAACUUCAACACCCAGCGGAUCAACCACAUCUACAUCGACCCCCACAACGCCGGCAAGGCCCGCAUGAAGCUCCACUACGCCGACCUCACCGACGCCUCCUCUCUCCGCCGCUGGCUCGACACCAUCCUCCCCGACGAGGUCUACAACCUCGCCGCCCAGUCCCACGUCGCCGUCUCCUUCGAGAUCCCCGACUACACCGCCGACGUCGUCGCCACCGGCGCCCUCCGCCUCCUCGAAGCCCUCCGAUCUCACAUCUCCGCCACCGGCCGCUCCCACGUCCGCUACUACCAGGCCGGAUCCUCCGAGAUGUUCGGAUCCACUCCUCCCCCUCAGUCCGAGUCCACCCCCUUCCACCCCCGCUCCCCCUACGCCGCCGCUAAGUGCGCCGCCCACUGGUACACCGUCAAUUACCGCGAGGCCUACUCCAUCUUUGCCUGCAACGGUAUCCUCUUCAACCACGAGUCCCCCCGCAGGGGAGAGAAUUUCGUGACCCGCAAAAUCACACGGGCCGUGGGCCGGAUCAAGAUCGGGCUUCAGAGCAAGCUUUUUCUGGGUAAUCUGCAGGCCUCCAGAGACUGGGGUUUUGCUGGGGACUAUGUCGAGGCCAUGUGGCUCAUGCUGCAGCAAGAGAAGCCUGACGACUAUGUCGUGGCCACUGAGGAGUCCCAUACAGUUGAGGAGUUUCUGGCAGUGGCCUUUGGGUAUGUUGGCCUCAAUUGGAAGGACCAUGUUGUAAUCGACAAGCGCUACUUGAGGCCAGCUGAGGUGGAUAAUCUGAAAGGGGAUGCCAGCAAGGCAAAGAGAGUGCUUGGAUGGAAACCGAAGGUUGGGUUCGAGCAGCUGGUGAAGAUGAUGGUGGAUGAAGAUAUUGAGCUGGCUAAGAGGGAGAAGGUGCUUGUUGAUGCUGGAUAUAUGGAUGCCCAGCAACAGCCUUGA